AAUUUUUGCCUUGAUUGCUUGGUCUUCUAGCAGUAACAAAAUGGCUACUAUUUUCCAUCUGCUGGUUGUUACAACAGUGGUCUGCCUUGUAACUCCAACAGUACUGUGUAAGCAUACCAAAGACUGCUCAAUCCGGGAAAUGGACCUGGCUCCAUGUUUCAGGCUCUCGAAUGGCCCGUUUUCCAUCGAGGAUUCGUGCUGCAAAGUCCUCAACAAAGCUGUGAAAUCAGGGUUCGACUGCUUGUGCUUGCUGCUGGGUUCCUCAACCCCACCUCUCUUGGCUUCGGCGCUCUCUUUGAAGCUCUCGAACUGUCUCAUCAAAGUCCCUUCACUGAAUCACUGCGGUGCUGUUGUUCCAUUUCAGGCAAACAGGUCAACUGAGACUCAUCAUCAUAAACUUUCUAGGCCAUUUUUCCUGCCCCCAUCUCCUCCUCCUGACAAUGGAAGAAGAAACAGUACCACAGAGCCACCUCCUUCAAACGAACCACCAUCUGCCAUUUCUAAUCGUCUCAUGACGGCCAAUGAGGCAGAAUCAAUCAAGAAAUCCUUGCACCAAAUUCUUCUGCUGUUUUUCGCAUUUCAAGCUUAUCAUCUGUUACUGAAUCGGGUCUGAAACUCAAGAAGAGUUCUUGAACAUUGUUAAUGGAAUCACAUAC